GUAAACGAAAAACAAGCACUCAUCACAAAUACAAACGGCGCGCAAUUCGCCUGCUCCUUGCGACCUGAGUUCACCGCGGCGAAGCAGUGGCGUACGCGCGAACCUUCUAGAAGCUUCCCUUCGCUGCCCCGUCGACACCGCCGCGGUGGCGCCGUCCACACCCCAGGCGCCGGUCCUCUCCCGCCGCAAGCCCGCCUCCGCCGAGGCGAAGCCGUCGGAGGCAGCGACCACCAGCCUCGCCGGCGCCCUCGCGCGCGAGCGGAUAAGGCGCCGCGGCGAGCGGGAGGAGGAGGAGGAGGCGGUGCCGUUCUGGCAGAGAACCUGGUUCCUGGCUCUGCUGCUCGCGAUGGCCGCCGCGUCGUUCGCGCUCGCGCUUGUGCUCUACCUCGGCCUCGACCUCCCCGAGGCGUCGCCGUCGCAGUCCUAUGCCGCCGACCCGGACACCGCUGUCGAGAUUUCCUACGGAUCAGUGAUCAAGUUGAUGCAUGAGAGGACCAAGUUUCGGCUGCAUUCCCACGACGUGCCGUAUGGAUCUGGUAGCGGCCAGCAAUCGGUCACCAGCUUCCCCAAUGUGGAUGACGCUAACAGCUACUGGGUAUGUAUCUCUCUAGCGCUGCACCAAACAAAACUGAAUUGAACUAAGGCGCGAGGCCGUAGAAAAUUAUGUGUUUAUUAAUCGAUUUACAUUUUUUCCCGACUUCCAACACGAUGCUGUUAACCUGGAAUGGAAAGAUCAUUCUAGGCUAUUUAGCAUGCGAGUGUUUCAAUCUGGUUUGCUCAGUUACUUGUCCUUUCUGUCAGGGGUGGAGCUGGAAAAUUCACCCUGAUGCACCGCUUUAACAUGGUUUUAAUUUUUUACGCAAAAGUGUGCUAGAUAAAUGUGUUCUGUAACUCCUAGCAUGGAUUAUCUGACAUAAUAGCAGAAGAUGUAUACAUACAAAAAAAAUACAAAUCAAAAUGCUUUAUUAAUUUACUUGGAAAUGAUGUUAUGCGUUUCCAAAUUAAUACUUGGAAAAUCACUCAGCUGAACGAAGUAAUACCCUAAUUAGGAGUAAAACCCAUAGCCAAUGCCCCACAUUUUGCCAAAACUCCUAUUAUCUGAAUUAGGUUUAAUCUAUUGGCAAUACCUUAGACAAAUAAUGGCAAGAACUGAGAAUGAACAAUUAUUACCAAAUACUAACAAUGGAAAAUAAAAGGUACCGCGCUAGAGCUGCUUGGUCGCGGUGUUGAUAGAUCAGCGCAGUGUCGGCCGUCUUCUCCCUGUCUUGUGGGGCUGGCAUAGGCUCUGCCGUGUGCCGGGCCUAUGCACAUUUGACAUAGAUUAAUAAACUGAAAUCUUGAGAAUUAAAAAUAAAGAACUGAGAUAGUCAGGAAGGACGAUUUGCACUUCAUAACCCGAGAAUUGGGAUUUAGGACAUCUACAUAUGAUACCUUGAGCUGGGCAGCUGGAGGAAGGGGCACAACAUCGGCCGUCCGUUGUGGUCCAUUGACCAGUCGCCUGUUUGUGUGACGGCAUGCUUGAUCGAUCAAGGGGACGAAAGAUCGAUUUGUUGCUCUCCAGCUCCUGCACUUCCAUCUCUUGGUUGACGGCUUGAUGCCCAGCCACAGCAAACCCUACCAAAAGGCUGCAGCCCAUAAUGCCAUGCCCAAAACAAGGCUUCUGCGUGUUCGUCUCUCCGACCUGAUGCACCGUUGUCAGUUUAACCUGGUGCUCAGGCAAACAACAACACCUAUAGUCCCAAACAAGUUGGGGUAGGCUAGAGGCGAAACCCAUAAGAUCUCGCGACCAACUCAUGGCUCUGGCACAUGGAUAGCAGGCUUUCACGCACCCCUGUCCAUAGCUAGUUCUUUGGUGAUACUCUAAUCCUUCAGGUCUCUCUUAACGGACUCCUCCCAUGUCAAAUUCGGUCUACCCCGACCUCCCUUGACAUUCUCUGCAUGCUUUAGCCGUCCGCUAUGCACUGGAGCUUCCGAGGGCCUGCACUGAAUAUGCCCAAACCAUCUCAGACGAUGUUGGACAAGCUUCUCUUCAAUUGGUGCUACCCCAACUCCAUCUCGU